AUGAUGCUCUUUCAGCUAAUACCGUUCUUUUUGGCUGCGCAGGUUAGCGACAAAGAAACAUGGAAAUUCGGGCCAGAGUAUACUUUUUCCGGAGAAGUUAAGAUGAUAACUUCUCUGGACAGUGAUAAAGGUCAAUAUCUUGGUACCGGUCUCUAUUUAAAACUCAAAUGUCGGCCACGUGAGCCCGACGUUCUCCGAUGUAAAAUGGACGAUACAAAGAUCACCCGGCUGAAUGUCCAAGACGGAUUCAAUCCAGAAAAAGCAACACCGGCUACCAACGAAACUUACCGCCCGUUCAAUGCCAUCGAAGUGCCGUUUGAAAUAAAAUUCAACGACCGAGGAAUCGAAAGUUACGUGCUUGAGAAGAGCGAUCCAGUUUUGCCGGAUUUUUGUGUCAACAUGGCGCGGUUGGUCGCCAAUCAAUUGACCAUUGGAACAGAUCUUUCGGACACGAUGAAACCAACAUACAGGUCUUUUGAAAACUUCACAGUCGGCGAGUGCGACGUCGACUUCAAAGUCACUCGAUCUCCGUUCAAAGAUGAAGCCAGUAAUAAGGAGAAUAAAUUUGAUUUAUCUCCGCUGGAAAAAUUGGGAAAGCUCAACGGCGAAAUCAUGCUAAUUGAGAAGAAAAGAAAUGUUAAAGAGUGUCUCAGAUGUGUCGCUCCUUUUUUUGGUACUCGUUAUACUCUUGGACUCGUCUACAGAGAUGUUUUGAGUCUUCUGAAAACAUCAGACAGCAAGAUAGAAAUAUCUAAAAAUAAAUUUGUAAGUGAAACAAACAACGAGAACGACCUGUACGACCAGAACCGGAAGAAACUGGGCAAAGUUUUGGACCACGUGAAGCUAACUCUCGAGUCUAUUUCCCCGGCCAAAGAUCAGCUUCCUACUUUCAUUAGCCCGAUCAUCAAAGGAGUUCUCCCUGAUAAAUGUGACAAAGAUCCCAACACGGCGAGAUUCGACUCUGGGCACGACCCGGAGGUUUGGAAACGCGGAGCGGAAGUGACAUAUUUAAUUCAAAACCACGCAACCAAGAUAUACUCGAACGAUCAUGGAAAAGCGAAUUACUCUGACAUGUCCUUUGACGUGCAGACGAUGCUGACAUGUCAAUCGAUAGAAUCCAAGGCAUAUUGCUUCUACCACGACACUAAAGUUAAAUCAGCGUACCUAGGAGACUUAAAACGCGGAAGGUCUGAGAUAAAGUCCGUUGAGCUGGACAUCUGGACCAAGAAAACCCUCCAGCAGGAUGCAUUAACCAUUGACUUUACCAAAAACGGAAUGGGCACCGUCUGGGUCGCCAUUGAAGUGGAGCCAAUUGGUCGCAAUAUGAUGGGAGCUCUCGCCCAGCCCCUGGACAUCGGUCUGGACUUUUCUUCAGCAUUGACUGGAAACUUUGAAACAAAAGUAAACACUUCCAGAGGAAAUUGUCGGUCCAAAUUUUUGGUGACACGGUCUCCAGCUCUUAGUCACCAGAAGAAACUCCCCGCGAGUUUGUUUUUAGUUGCUCGACCCGAUGAAGACUUGAACCGACCUAUUGAGAUCUCUCGCAUGAUGGAAAUGGAUGGCGACAAAUGUGACGAUCGCGCUUUCUACUAUUCGUUCUUUAUGAAUAGAGAAAAUCGUCACACUAAGGACACCGAUGUUGAAAUCAAAUUCAAUUCAUUUGAAAAUUUCAUGACCAUCAGCAAUGCCAACUUUACAUCCUUCUCCAAAGUAAAAGUAUCAAUGACUGAUCACCGAGACAAAUCUAAAUACAUUAUUGAAGAGUCUGCAAGCUUAACUUUGCAGAAAAUUGAACCGAUGCUGUGUGAAAAGGAUAAAUACAAUGAAUUCAACAGGGAUUGCUCCAGUGAAGAAAUAAAUAAUUACGCUGGAUAA